AUGGAAAUUAUCACCCUUCUCAAGGUCUCUAGUGGUGAAAACGAUGCAUAUGGCUUGCAAACGUCUCAUAUGUUAGAUUUUAUUGAGACUUUAUCAAAAAAAAUUCCAUGUGAUUUUGAACGUUUGGAUGGUUAUUUAAUACCUGCCAAAGAAGAACAUAAGACGAAAGUUAUUGAUAAAGAAUUAGUAGCUGCAAAAAAAGCGGGCAUGGACGUUGAAUUAAUCAAUUCAACAGAUAAAUUACCUCGUUAUCCAAAGGAAUAUCCAACACCUCAUUGGUUGAAAUUCAGAAAUCAAGGUAGGCUUGGUUUUGGGUCAACAACUUAUAAAAAUGGAACAUAUGAGACCUCGAUAUGA